UCUGGGUGGGAGCCGGUACCGGGCUGCGAACCCUGUACCUUUCAGCCUUAUGUUCGAUGGCUUAACCACGACACCACCGAGGCUGAUUAAAGUCCCUUCAAAUAUCGCUCCUACAGGCCUUGUUUGUUUUGUUGGGUGUUUUUGUUUUGUUGUUGUCGUUUUUAUUUUGUCAGUGCUGUGGCGUCGUUGAACAUUUCUUCAUUCUUCAUUCAGUAGACAGGUAUGUCUGUAAUUAAUUUUAACGUUACAGGGAGCGAUACGGUCGUGUCACGGUAUCGCAUGGCAGGUAGUAAUUAAUAUCAUGUUCGAUUCACAGGUGGCGGAGAAAUAAUAGCACAACCAUGCGAAGUACACACGACAAACAAGAAUCAAUAUCUCUGUAGAGAUUACACAAAACACGGCGCAGUGAAAUCUCUACAUAGGAACAGCCUGGCAGUUAUAGACUGGGUUUCGGUACGUGCACAUAUAUACCAGUAAAAUGCGAGUUGGAUAACACGUGGUGACGAACAGAUGUGGUUAGUUCUUUACAGUUAGUGUGGAAUUAACUCUCAGGAUGUGAUGCGGAUGAUGAGGUUAUUCAUAUCAAAGAGGACACCAAGUCAGGUAUUCACGUUACUCUAUUAACUUUGGGUCACAUAUUACCUGGAAACGCUAAAGACAACACUGUAACGUGAAGGCCGCCGAAAUCAUUCAUGAAGUAUUCACAUGCUGUAAUCUCCUGAGAAUAGCGAAUAUGACUUUAAUCGACGUAUCCACUUCGGUCGAUGUUCAGUUGCCAUGGAAAUCUGUCGUCAACAACGCUACUGAAUGCGUCUCAGGAGAUGGCCCAGCAAUUAAAUGCAAAAAUGGCAAGCAUUUGUCUGUCAAAGGAACUAGCCUCCACCGUAAUAUAAAUAUACUCCAGGUGCUCCAGAAAUCAACAGUGGCGUCUGACCUUCUCAAGUCCUUGGCGUCAGAGAAUGUUCUGUCAUCAUCAUCAUCGUCAUCACGCAGACGCGGAACACCAGAAACAGAUAAUUUCGAUGACGUUUUGUCCAUGGUGGAUGCAGCUCAGAGUUCCGUGAGACAAUCAGUCGAAGACUUUAAGACAUUCCCAGAAAUCUAUUCCUAUGGCAACGCCAGCGCUCAGAAGUCCCUGAGAGUGGAAUCUGACAGGAUAUCCUCGUGUACUUGUGCUGCGCAGAGCGACGAUUUGAAAAGGUCCCUCCGCGGCUGGCGCAUGGAAGCAGGUGACGUCACCCGCGAGAGAGUCAAGCAUUCGAAAAAGUCGAAAUCCUACUCAAACGUCUUCCAGAGGCUAGUUGCCGAGAGGAGACUCAAGGACUCGACUUUCGAGCACCACGCCGAAUCGAGUAAAUACAUCGACGAAUACCGACGAAGGUGCACCGUGGGCAACGUCUGCAACUACGACGUUCUUGAUCGUCCGAUACUUGGCGUCGAUUUCAUUGAUCCGUAUGCCGUGAGGAUUAAAAACAUAUGUUCUGUGGCUAACACGUGUGACCUGACAGCACUAGCUCCAAAGAGCAAGGACAAGAGCUGCCUGGACUUAAAAGAGAUUGCUCCUCAUUCUGCGAAAUCUUCUAGUUCAGGAAAGAAAAAUAAAAUCCCAGAAGCAGAGGACAGAAGGUAUGAUCGCGGGGCGGCUGACAUGACGUCAAGCAGAAGCUUACCCAAACUCGCUCCAGUCAGAAAGAGCAAAUCUCCCAAAGAGAAGACAUCCCCUGACGCAAAAGAACCGCAUCCACCAAAGGAUCGACAUCUCGAUGUACAGCUCUCUCGGUCAAAAUCACUGCCAAAAAUCAAAUGCAAAAUGACAGUAGUAAGCCCAGAUCCUGUGUCAGAAUCCAAAUUGGCCAGCGGAUCUACACGCGAACAGGCAUCAUCCAAGUGGACGGCGAAACAUCUUGUCGAACGUCCAUCUAGGAUUAGUGAUCGAGAUGAUGUCGUCCCCACAGACAAUAAAAUCUCAGUCAGAGCUUCACGUUCUAAAGCAAUGAACAGGGAGAACUCUUCAGCUUUUAAAAUGGUAGACCUUGUCACGAAUCCCUUUGUGUUGGAAAAUGGCGUUCACGAACUGACGGGAAGUGAUAGAAAAGUGACAGAGGCACAAACAGGAAACGUUAUUAAAGCGAAAUGUUCAAGACAGAAAUAUUCCAGGAAGACAACCGAUCCAGCACACAGACCGUGUGUGAAGCUAAUUUCGUUGACGUUGGGAGAUAUUGGUGGCAGUAGUGAAUCUGAUGCCGAGAGUUUGAAUCGAGAAACUUCGACAUUUAAUAAACUGAACAAACAGAGCAAAAGGCGUGUUGACUUGCUCACCCCAGUAGCUAGAUAGCUUACAUUGCACCAAAAAUUUGACACUAUGUUUGGCGAUCUACAUUUUAUAUUUUACGCAAUAUUCAAAUGUUAUAACUGUAAUAAGUCGUACCAAUUAGGUUACAUGACUGCAUUUUGAAUGGAAGACUAAACAAUGAACAAUGGUCGAGUACAAUAACCACUUCACAAUUAGUUUAGUCACUUCAGGCUGUUUGGGGAUGUCUUUGAACAUUUACUAGCCCUGGUGUAGAGGGUAGAGGUGGCUUAGGUGCAAAUCUGAGAAAAUGUGACUUAUCUCAGCUCUGAUAAAGAAUGUAUGUCAGUAAUUGUUAAUAACAUGUUCAUAUGAAGUAAGCCUUUAUGGUGUUGCUCAACUAGUGCAAUACCGGAUAUAUGAAUUUUUAGAUUACCUGAGAUAAAUUUGUGAAUUGGGUUAUCAUGUUCCCUAGGGACCUGAACGGCGAGGCCUAAAAGGGGGACAUUAAGCCAAUUAAACUUCUCUACUUCCAGAAAUGAUAUAAGCAAACAGUCUUCAUAAAUGUCUAAGCUCCAGAUUUGAUAAGGGCGCUAUUUCGUGUUGGACAUGACACGGCGAACUGUAAAUGGUUUUUCAUUAUUUUAUCAUUUGUAUCUUGGGUGGGGGUACCAAAAUCAAAUCAAUAGUUUGGACCAUAUUUGUGAUGGUCCAGACUGUAAAUGUAUUCGCAAUCUACAUACUGAUGAGAGUAUCCUGUAUGCAUAUCCACUAAAUUAUUCAUUCCAUUAGGGGAACCCACUGAGAUGGAAACAAUAAUUAUUAAGAUAUACUUCCUGUAUCAAUCCCAAAAUGAUAUGUUGAUGCAAUAAGCUAUGGCCCCUUUUGAUUUAAGACAAACGUAAUCAUAUGCAUUCGGUUUAAAAGUUGCAUAUGAAAUAUGAUGUCUACUUUUGACAUUUAAAUGUGUUGCAGAGUAAAAAUUAAUACAGGA